AUGAAAAGCCUCUUCCCGGCUGACCGGAGGCCCGGGCGCAGGCCCGGAGGCGGGCGCUCGGCUGACGUCAUGCGCGCGCCGGAAGUGCCUGCCCGAGAACGGCGACGAGCGGACUACCACAUCCACCGAUCCUCCCGGCGGCCCCGAGUUGCACACACAGACCAGGCCUCUAACCACUCCAUGGGAGCCUGCGUGGCAGCAGCCUGGAACCCAGAGCCUCUCCUGGAGCCGGCACAAGCCAGACUGAAGCCGAUGUCUUACAAAGAGACCGAAGUGCCAUCCAGCCAGGACGCAGCUGAAUUUUGA